AUGGCCAAUCCUCAUAUUCCUGUUGAAUUUAAUAAAGAUGAAGAUGAAUUGAAAUGUCAUCCAUCUUAAAGUGGUUCCACAGCCACUCCUACACUCUUUGAAAAUUCAAAUAAUUCUAAAGCAUUCUGUGCAUAGUUUUUUGAAGAUUAAUUACACUAAGAUGGUACUAUCUUUAAUUAUAUAUUUAAGAUGAUGAAUUUGAUGAACUAAAUCAAUAAUUAAAUUAAGUCUUACUUAGUGAUUCAUUUAAACCUUCAUUAACUUAAGCUUUUACAGCUGACAUGUACAUUCAAUUUUUAAAACGAUUAGGUCAUCAUAUCUUAGUCAUGAAAAGUUGACAAAAAAUUCUAGAAAAAUGUAGUUAGAAUAUUAGAAUGCUAAUUUAAAAGAAAAAGAAUUCGUAUUUAACACUUAUAUAAAAAAUGAUAUUGAAAAUUUUAGUUUAGACAAGUACAGACAUUAUAUACUUGAAAAAAUAAUUGAAGUUGGUAAUUUAGGAUUAUUUAUUGUUAAGGUCCACCAUCCCAUAAAAAUAUUAUUCUAGAUAGAAUAUAUAAAUAAAUACAUAAACUUAUUAAAGAUCUUUAUGCUUGUAAAGUUAUGCAAAAAGGUUUAGAAGUUAUGACAUUUAAUCCAUAAGAUUCUCCAGAAUAAUUUGAGAAUUAUCUUUCAUUUAUACAUUAAGAUAAUGCAUUAAUGAAGAAAAUUUAUAUUGAUAAAAUUGCUAAUCAAAUUAUUUAAAAGAGUUUGGAAAUCCUUGAAGGAAACAAUCUAUUGAAAUUACUUUAAAUUCUAUAAAAAUAUGUAAGAUAAUUGAAUAUUAUUCAUAGAUUCUUAAUAAUAACAAAGAAAAGUUCGAAUUAUCAACUGAUCAAUAUGGAUGUCUUAUUGUCAAUAAAAUAAUUGAUAUUUAUCCAAAAUAAUUUGAAUUAUAAACUAAAUAGAUUUGCAAUGACAUAAUAGUUAGAGCUAUUGAAAAUUGUUCAUGUCUUACUAGAAGAUAAUAUGCUAAUUAUAUAAUUUAAUAAAUAUUGGAAAAAGGAUAAGAAGUUCAUAAAAGAUUAUUAAUGGAUUAAUAUCUUAUUAAAGAUUUUAUUUCAAUGUCUUUGGAUAAGUAUGGUAGCAAUGUAGCAGAAAAAGCUAUUAUAUAUGCAGGACCGUAAUGGAGAUUGAAAUUAUGGGAAGAAGAAGUUUCUAUUUCUGAAAGGUAGAUAUAGAAUUAUAUCAUUUUAUAGUUCAUUUAAGAAAUUGAUAAAUGAUCAAUAUGCUAAUUAUCCAAUAUAAAGAUUAUUUGAAUAUUUGGAAUAAUAAUAAAGGAAUGAAUUUAUUGCUUUAUUAAAUAAAUUACAUGGCAAUAAUCAAUUAAAUAAUCAUGGAUUAAUUGUUAUGAAAUUUGCUUAAGCUAAUUAUUCUGUCAAAAGAUACACUCAAAAGAUUGUGUAGUCAGAAUUAAAUAAACAUAGCAAGAAUUAAGAUAAAAGUAAUAACAAUAAUAAUAAAGUGUAAAAGAAAUAAUUAAAUUAAUAAAUUCCAUAAUUGUAGAUGUAAUAAUAAUAGUAAUUAUUAUAUCAAUAAUAAUAUUAAUAAUAGAUGUAAUAAAUGAUCUUUUAACAAUCAUAAUUUAAAUAAUUUGAUCAAUAAUAGUAUUAAGCUGCUGUUAUGCAAUAAAUGCUUAUGUUUUAAUAAUAAUAAUAACAAUUAUUAACUUAAAUGCCAUAAUUGUAUAAUCAGGAUAUGAAUUAUAUGCCUUAUCCAAUUAUGACAUAAGAGUAAUAGAUGAUGAUGUUAAGAUGGAUUCAAUCAUAAUAACAACUUUGCAACUCAAAUAUUAAAUUCCAAAAUGGAUAAUAAAAAUGAC